AUGAAACUUGCCAGAAAAUUAGAUAAUUUGCAAGAUUAUUUCAGAUACAGUGUUUCAAGUCAAACUCUACAAGCCUUAAUUUGUUUAAGUCUAAUGAUACUAAUAUCAACCAAGGGUGAUAUUAUUUCUGUAUAUAACCAAGACUGCUUGAAUUGUAUUUCUCAUGGACACAAAUAUUGUGACAACAAGUGUAUUACUAACGCGACUACUGAUUGCAUUAUUUAAGAUUAAUAAACAGAAAUUACAAUUGCGAAUAAAAUAUAUGAAUGCCCCUUAUUUUGGUAGCGAAAUGAUAACAAUUGUACUAGUCACAUUUCAGACUUUAAUCUUGAAGAUGACAAUAUUGGGAUGAUUAGGAAAAAUAGAUACCAAGUUAAUGCCAAAUAAUGGUGUCUUUUAGUGAUAAACAAUUACAUUGUUGAUAAGUCUAUUCCAGGGUGCAUGAAAAUAGAUUAGAUUUAGGGAAACUUGGAAUUCUACUCAAAUUUCUACAAUGAAUACUUAAAUGGAACAGAAAUGGCUACAUUUGCAGCACUUAAUCAAUAAAAGCUGAGUACUAAUUUAACUAUAGAUUAAGAAUUUGCUAUCCAGUCAAUCGAUUAGUUGUCAUAAACUUGGGACUAAGCUUCUUUAGUAAAAAUACCUGGAAAUAGUUCUUCGAGAUUCAUAUUUGUGUAUAACCCUGAUACUUACUCAAAUAAAUUUCAACUCAAGAUUUCUUAAGCUCAAUACUUUUGUUUCAUAAAAAGGCUGUAUCUUGCAUUAUUUUUGAUCACUGGAAUUAUUACUAUUAACUCAUGA